AUGACGGACAAAGACGCUGCAGUGAUGCACCUGGAGCAUCAAACAGGUCAGGGAAUUUCUGCCGACGAUGCGGAAUUCUUGUCGAACUUUUCGGACGAUGCAAAAAAGAAAGUCCUUAGGAAGGUGGGUGCAAUUAUAAGUGGUACAAAGAGGUUUACUGACAAAAUGCGGCUUGUUCCUAUGCUUGCUCUCUUGUACUUGGUGGCAUACAUCGAUAAGACAAACAUUGGAAAUGCGAAGAUCGAGGGCCUUCUUCCAAGCCUACACAUGGACGGUGUGCAAUACAACAUUGCCUUGUCCAUAUUUUUCAUACCUUAUGUCCUUGCCGAGGUGCCGAGCAAUGUAAUCUUGAACCGGCUCAAGAGACCGUCGCAAUAUCUGGGAUUUCUGAUCUUCUGCUGGGGUGUGAUCAUCCUUUGUACGGGGUUUGUUCACAACUUUGCCAGUCUAGUGGUAAUCCGCUUCCUACUAGGACUUUUCGAAGCUGGCUUUCUUCCAGGUGCCGUGCUUGUGAUCUCAAAAUGGUACCUCCCCAACGAGACACAGACCCGCAUCGCCAUCCUGUAUACAUCUGCCGCUUCUGGUGGUGCUUUCUCGGGUUUGCUGGCAUUUGGCCUUGCUAAAAUGAAUGGUAUUGCAGGCUAUGAAGGCUGGCGCUGGAUCUUUAUAAUAGAGGGACUUGCAACCGUUGUCAUGGCCGUCGUUUCUUAUUUCCUCCUUCUGGACUCGCCAUCAUUGUCUCCAAGCUGGCUCACUCCAGACGAGAUCCGAUAUCUUGAAGUGCGGCAAGUAGCCUCCAAUAAUCACAGCGGUCACCACAAAGGCUUCGAUAAGCAAAUAAUCUUCAGCGUUCUUUUAGAUUGGAAGAUCUAUCUUCUCAUAUUUGCGAGCUGGUCCAAUGCUGUUCCCAACUACGCACUCAAAUUCAGCAUGCCGGACAUCAUCAAAUCCAUGGGCUACGAAUCAGCCAACGCCCAGCUCUUGACCAUACCUCCAUACGCCGUGGGCGCUGUAUCAGCUUACGGCUUUUCCGUGGUCGCCGAUCGGUUCUCAUGGAGAAUGCCCUUCAUUGUGGCACCGCAGUGUUCACUUAUAGUGGCAUUCGGAAUAUUAUUUUCCAAGGCUGCCGACAUCGAGAAUAACAUAGCACUGUGCUACUUCGGCAUUUGUCUCGCUUGUUUCGGAAUGUAUCCCAUUCUCCCCGGUGUCAACGCUUGGAAUGUCUGCAACAUUCCAAAUCCCCACAAGCGUGCUGUAGCCAUUGGGUAUCUAAUAUGCGUGGGUAAUGUUGGUGGGAUUAUUGGGAGCUAUAUUUACAAAGCUGACGAGAAGCCGCGAUAUCCCACUGGUUAUGGCACUUCACUUGCAUUCGCUGCCGCUGGAAUCAUGGCUUGUUUGUCCUUGGAAUUCUGUUUGUGGAGUGCGAACAAGAAGAAAGCUCUGAUGACUGCGUCUGAAAUUGAAGAUAAUUAUACUGAAGAUCAGCUCAGUGAGAUGGAAGAGAGAAGCCCUAUGUUCAAGUAUAGCUUGUGA